AAUCAAUAUUUUUAAUUUCAUAUUCUAAAGGAGAAUAAUAUAGGUACUCUUCUAAAAUAAAGACAAUUAUUUAUUUAUACAUAGAAAAGGUAUUGUAAUAUGAUGGAGUAUUGGGCAAACAUGGUUUGUAUGUUAUUGUAUUUAUAAUCAUUUAAAGUUUAAAUUAGCGGAUAUGGUAUAAUGUAUAUAAUAUUAUCUAUUAUAGAAAAUUAAAGUAGUUGAGACAGAUGAGUGGACUACAAUUUACGCAGCAGAGUUGAGGGUACCUAUACUACCUACUCCUUAAACCAAUAACUCCGACAUAUAUAAUAGUCUCUUAACUCGACUCAUUUGAAUUCGCUUGUGAUCACGAAUUAAUAACUAUAUAAUAUGAUGUUCAAUAUUCAAUAUACGCCCCCACAUCAUCAAGAAUUAAAGAAAAAAAAAUGCUACACAAAUAGACUGGGUAUAAAAUAUUAAGGAAAGUAAUGUAGUACGUAUUAUAUAGUCACUUAAACAACGGUUCACCCUGUAUACACCCCUCAUUAUUACACCUAUGUAUAUAUGUAGAGGUACACGAUUCAACGAUUGUGUACGUACAUACAUACACGAUUUGUGUUGCUAUGUGAACGCUAUAUUUAGGUAUAUAAGACACCUACCUACAACACUGCAAUAUAAUAAGGCGUUUGGCGCGCGGGCUAACUGACGGAGACGGGCGGUCAUAGAAGGUGGUAGUGUGCGAUGCCAGCACUCGUAUUGUUGCACCCUGCGCGCGUGGCCAACUCCGUACUGGUGCAAGUACGCCUCGGUACAUCGUCGUAAACUCGUGAUAAUAAUGCAAACCGCCACGCUGCGUCCGGACGUCCGGCUCGCCGUCGAUCCUGUGUCGACUCCGGAAAAGUUUCGCUCCGGCCACUGUCACCUGGAGCUGACGCCCGUCUGGCAAUACGUGAUCAAGAAGAACCGGUUCCCGGCCAACGUCGACCGACAGGAAGUGUUCGAUGAGCUGGCCGUCCGACUGCAGCAUCCCGAAUGGCAGGUGAGACUUCACGGUUCACGAGUGCUGGCUUACGUUGUACCAGCAGUCGGCCCACAACUGGAUGCGUUGAUGUCCCCGACAAUACUUCCGGCGGUCAUUACGAAUCUUGCACACUUUUCACCGGCCCUUAGAAGUAGCUCUAUGGAUGCGAUAUUGGUGUACGUACAACACUCAGCUGAUCCCGAAUUUGUUCUCAAGUCCAUGAUCGUACAAGGAUUGGAUGUACCUGGUGCCAAAUCAAGUCUCACAGUGAAUGUCAUGGAAUGCGUUCCUGUAGUGCUUCAGCAAAUAGUUAAGAGAAAUGGAGAACGGCCUAUUGCCAUACCUACAUUUGUGCACCUUGUAACUGCCUUAUCCAACAAGAUGGUACAAGCGACAUUUCAACAAGCUGCCGUUUACUGUUUGGACAGAGUUAAAGAAAUUGUCGGAAGAAAUAAAUUUGAUCACUAUCUUGAAACAUUUCAUCCUAUCAUUAAAAAGGAUUUUGAAGUGUUGUGUGAAGUGUAUAGAAUAUCUUCAUCGUCUGGUCGGGAUUCUUCAAUAUCAUCAUAUGAUGAUGAAGACGAUGUAGAAACUCCAAAAACACCUAGAAGAGUAACGUUUGGCGGAGAGCUUAUUAAAAUUCGAAGUCCUGACGUUUCUGAUGACCCUGAGGUAAUCAAGUCUACUGGUAUUCCAAUUCCAAUCAAGCCUGCAUUAAGCAUACCGAAACACCCCAAAGAUGAAGUGGAAAACAUGGCAAUAAAAUUACCACAUUCACGACAAAGAAAUUAUAAAAAUAUGAAGAUGGACAAAACAUUUAAAAAUUUUGAGUCUUCUGUGAAAACAACGUUUUCCAUGACCGUGGUGCCGGAGACCAACAGACAGGAACACAACAAUAGAAGAUUAUCCGACACAGACGAUAAUUCCCGUCGGACGGUCAUUCGUCCGGCCGCGGAAUCGCCGGGCGGCGGAAUUCAAUCGUCGGAUGGCGAAUAUGACGACCGACGACAGGCUCCGACCAACCGUAUGUCUUCGAAUAUUCAGGUCGAAAAAUCUGAUGGCGGCGCAAUAUUGGGAACCCGACGGGUCGACCCCGACGAUCGGCUUCUGCCAAAACAGCAGCCAGUGACUAACGAUCACAAAAAACCUCCGACGCAGUCUGACAAUGAUUGCGACGCAGGUGUCUUCAAACCGGCAAAUGUUAAGAUGCAGGGUUCUACAGCGAGCAUAUUAACUGAAGGCGCAGACGUUCAACCACAAAACGAUAAAAAACCUGUGGCUGAAGUAAAACCUACGAAGUCUGUUGUGCAACCACCUGCGCCACCAGCAGCACCAACAGUUGAAAGGAGGAGGUCCGUCGGAACGAAUCUUAAAAAACGAUCUAGUGAAACGGGACCAAAUUUCACUCCGUUCAAUGAACCUCAAAGAGCUCUACAUUUGGUUUCUACUCAGAUCAAUAGCCCGGAAUGGGAAGCGGCCGUCACGGGUCUACAGAAUAUUUCACGACUGUCCAUGUUUCACAGUAAAGAACUGCGUCCGGGUUCCUUGCAGCCAUUCGCUCGCAAUGUAGCUAAACAUAUUAAAUGUCUCCGAUCUCAAGUGGCACGAGCCGCGUGUACGGCUGCGCAGAAAAUGUUUUCCUACGUACCGAAAUCAAUGGAACCGGACGUUGAAGAAAUCGCAUCGGCACUGUUUCCGCGUACAGCCGACACCAAUAAAUUCCUUCGGGUGCAAAGUUCUGAAGCCUUAAAUGCAAUGGUCGACAACGUAAAUCCCGUAAAAUGCGUGCAUGUUAUCACAGCUAAAGGGAUAAAACACGGAAAUCGAAUGGUUCGUGCUGAAGCGUGCCGUCUCUUAGCGAGAGUGGUCGAUAAACUCGGAGUCAGUGGAACUCUUCAUUUACCAACAGAUGCUAGAGAUGCAGUGAUAACUGCUGCCACUAGCAUGGUAUUUGACAACACGCCUACUUCUCGUCAAGCCGCUCAACAUAUAUUAAGCAGAUUGAGCGAAGAUCCGAGAGGUGUAGCAUUAAUAUCAUCAGCAGCUUCACCAAAUGUAAAAGCAACAUUAAAUAAAUCGUUGUCAAGAAUAUUUCUUAAAUGAAAUAUUUUUUUGAUCAACGAAUUAUUGGUUUGUUAAAAUCAAAUGAACAUAUUAUUAUAUUUUAAUCUAUAACAUUUUGUACGAUAUUCAUAAAAUAUUUUUUUUUAUUAUUUUUAU